UCGAUGUUUUCCCAGCUCUAGCAGCGCGCAACUCACUCGUAGUCGACUUUUAGGUGCGUAGUCGCGGAAAACUAUGAAGAUGCAACUCUCGCGUCGAGCGGUCCUCAGAAUCCGGGAUUCGUCCUCCAGUUCGAAAAUCCAGCGAAUAAAUCCAGCAUUUUGUUGCAAAGUGAAAUGCGAAGAACGCGUUGCAGAAUAAUCACAUCGCAAAUACGACGAAGGCAGGAAAAAUUGAAAAGAAUUGAAGAAUCCAGCGAAAACCAGUGAAGAAUCGGAAUUAAAGAAAGUAUCGGAAUCAGCGGAAUAACACUAAAAAUAAACAUACUUAUAUAUAUAUUAUAUAUACAUAUAUGUAUAUAUAUUUAACCACCAUUUAAAAGCAAUCAAAAAGCAACCAAACAAACAACAAAAAGCAACAAAAGUGCCAUAUGCAACCGAUAAGACUGUGUGAAUGGUCAAGUGGUCAUCAGCAUUGAAGCGAUUCUCUCUCGCCGCAUGUGUGUGAGUGACUGAGUGCGUGAGUGUGUAUGUGUGAGUGGGAGAAGAAGAGCGAGUGAGCGAGAGAGGGAGAGGGUGAAAGAGAGUGAGACAGCAUCAGAAUGACGGACGCCCGGGGAAGCGAAUUCCCCGCUGCGGAAUUCAAAUGAGCCAGAUCCAAAGCCACGCAAGGUCGGUUCUGGACGCACAUCGACUUGUAUUGAUCUCCAUCUGAGAAUAUCCUGCGAAAUCAGGAGAAAGGAUCUAGGAGGAAUCAGAAAUCAGGAACCAGGAGGAGCCACCUCCGCCGGCCAUCUAUCCAUCAGCUGACAACUGUCAGCCGUCAGCACCUGUCAGUUGUCAGUGCAACGCAGCGUCCAGUGCAGGAGGCCAGCUGUCAGCGGAAGUGAAAGUGAAAGGGAAAGGAGAAACUGGGGAGCGGAAGGACACCGGGGCCAGCAAAACGGGACAGCAGGAGCAGCAGGAGCAGCUGGAGCAGGAGCAGGAGCAGGCGAGGAUUGGGCAGCGCGACGCGUAGCGUGUAGGCGGCAAAAUGCCUGGCGGACGACGUGGACUGGUUGCGCCGCAGAACACAUUCCUCGAGAACAUCAUCCGGCGCUCCAACUCGCAGCCGGACAGCUCGUUUCUUUUGGCCAACGCACAAAUCGUCGAUUUCCCGAUCGUCUACUGCAAUGAGUCCUUCUGCAAGAUCAGCGGCUAUAAUCGUGCCGAGGUCAUGCAGAAGUCGUGCAGGUAUGUAUGCGGCUUCAUGUAUGGCGAGCUGACAGACAAGGAGACGGUGGGACGGCUGGAGUACACGCUGGAGAACCAGCAGCAGGAUCAGUUCGAGAUUUUGCUGUACAAGAAGAACAAUUUGCAGUGUGGCUGCGCUCUCUCGCAGUUUGGCAAGGCACAAACCCAAGAAACCCCACUAUGGCUGCUGCUACAGGUCGCACCCAUACGCAACGAACGCGACCUGGUGGUGCUCUUCCUGCUGACCUUCCGGGACAUCACGGCCCUCAAGCAGCCCAUCGACAGCGAGGACACCAAGGGAGUUUUAGGUCUCUCGAAGUUCGCCAAAUUGGCAAGAUCGGUGACCCGGAGUCGCCAGUUCAGCGCCCAUCUGCCCACGCUGAAGGAUCCCACGAAGCAGUCCAAUCUGGCGCAUAUGAUGUCCUUAAGCGCGGAUAUUAUGCCACAGUACCGACAGGAAGCACCCAAAACGCCGCCACACAUACUCCUGCAUUAUUGUGCAUUUAAAGCAAUUUGGGACUGGGUGAUAUUGUGUUUAACAUUUUAUACAGCCAUCAUGGUGCCAUACAAUGUAGCGUUUAAAAAUAAAACCUCAGAGGAUGUUUCCCUGCUCGUGGUCGAUUCGAUAGUCGAUGUUAUAUUCUUUAUAGAUAUUGUUUUAAACUUCCAUACAACGUUCGUGGGUCCCGGAGGCGAGGUUGUUAGUGACCCAAAGGUGAUCCGAAUGAACUACCUAAAGUCGUGGUUCAUCAUCGACCUACUGAGCUGCCUGCCAUACGACGUGUUCAACGCGUUCGAUCGGGAUGAGGACGGUAUCGGUUCCCUGUUCAGUGCCCUCAAGGUGGUCCGACUUCUGCGUCUGGGGAGGGUGGUGCGAAAACUGGACCGCUACCUGGAGUACGGGGCCGCCAUGUUGAUCCUGCUGCUCUGCUUCUACAUGCUGGUGGCCCAUUGGCUAGCCUGCAUAUGGUACUCGAUUGGUCGCAGCGAUGCGGAUAAUGGGAUCCAGUACAGCUGGCUGUGGAAGCUGGCGAAUGUCACCCAGUCGCCGUACUCGUAUAUAUGGAGUAAUGACACCGGGCCAGAAUUGGUUAAUGGGCCGUCACGGAAAAGCAUGUACGUGACGGCCCUAUAUUUCACCAUGACCUGCAUGACCUCGGUGGGCUUUGGCAAUGUCGCCGCGGAGACAGACAACGAGAAGGUGUUCACCAUCUGCAUGAUGAUCAUUGCAGCUCUGCUGUAUGCCACGAUCUUUGGUCACGUUACCACCAUCAUCCAGCAGAUGACGUCGGCUACGGCCAAGUAUCACGACAUGCUGAACAAUGUGCGCGAGUUCAUGAAGCUGCACGAGGUGCCGAAGGCUCUCAGCGAACGAGUGAUGGACUAUGUCGUCUCCACCUGGGCCAUGACCAAGGGUCUGGAUACCGAGAAGGUACUAAACUAUUGUCCGAAAGAUAUGAAGGCUGACAUAUGUGUUCAUCUAAAUCGCAAAGUAUUUAACGAGCAUCCGGCAUUUCGUCUGGCCUCGGAUGGUUGUCUCCGGGCACUGGCGAUGCACUUUAUGAUGUCGCACUCGGCGCCGGGGGAUCUGCUCUAUCACACCGGCGAGAGCAUCGAUAGCCUAUGCUUCAUCGUUACCGGCAGCCUAGAGGUGAUACAGGACGACGAGGUUGUGGCAAUAUUGGGCAAGGGCGACGUCUUCGGCGAUCAAUUCUGGAAGGACUCGGCCGUUGGCCAGAGUGCGGCCAAUGUGCGUGCUCUGACCUAUUGUGAUUUGCAUGCCAUCAAACGUGAUAAAUUGCUCGAAGUCCUCGAUUUUUAUUCGGCAUUUGCGAAUAGCUUUGCACGCAAUCUGGUGCUCACCUACAAUCUCAGACAUCGACUGAUUUUUCGCAAGGUGGCCGAUGUGAAGCGCGAAAAAGAAUUGGCCGAACGGCGUAAGAACGAGCCGCAAUUGCCCCAGAAUCAGGACCAUCUCGUCCGGAAGAUCUUCUCCAAAUUCCGUCGCACUCCGCAGGUCCAAGCGGGCAGUAAGGAGCUCGUCGGCGGUUCCGGCCAAAGUGAUGUCGAGAAGGGUGACGGCGAGGUGGAGCGAACUAAGAAGCUACCAGCCAAACUGACACUGACCGAGGACGCUCGCAUCCUCAGCACCGCCGCGGCGCCCUCGCCAUCGCCAUCCCCAUCGCCCUCAUCGGGUCCACCAUCUGCGCGCAGUACACGGGCCAGCAAGUGGGGACGCCUCCUGGGCAGUUCAAGCGUCGAUUCAGCUAGCGACACCAGCGCCAAGGUAGCCGUCUCGAGAAGUUUGAGCGCCCGCGAAAGCCUCCGAGAGAGCACCGCCCAAGCGCGGCAGAGUAGUACUUCGAGUAGCAAUGGUGGACAAGGCAACAAACAUUUACAAUUAAGCAAAGUUUUUCCCAAGGCGCCCAAGCUGCAAGCUAGCCAGGCCACCCUUGCCCGCCAGGACACCAUCGACGAGGGUGGCGAGGUGGACUCCUCGCCGCCAAGUCGCGACAGUCGCGUGGUCAUCGAGGGUGCAGCCGUCUCCUCGGCCACCGUGGGACCAUCGCCGCCAGUGGCUACCACAUCCUCGGCGGCGGCGGGAGCUGGAGUAUCUGGAGGACCAGGAAGUGGAGGCACUGUGGUGGCCAUUGUCACCAAAGCGGAUCGCAAUCUGGCCUUGGAGCGGGAGCGCCAAAUCGAAAUGGCCAGCUCGAGAGCCACCACAUCGGAUACGUACGAUACCGGGUUGCGCGAGACGCCGCCCACGCUGGCGCAGCGCGAUCUCAUCGCCACCGUGCUGGACAUGAAGGUGGAUGUGCGGCUGGAGCUGCAGCGCAUGCAGCAGCGGAUUGGCCGCAUCGAGGAUCUGCUCGGCGAGCUGGUCAAGCGGCUGGCACCCGGUGCCGGUAGCGGUGGCACCGCUCCGGAUAACAGCAGUGGCCAGACCACGCCCGGCGACGAGAUUUGCGCGGGCUGCGGCGCGGGCGGCGGCGGCACACCCACAACACAGGCUCCCCCAACAUCUGCGGUAACCAGCCCAGUGGACACUGUGAUAACCAUUUCAUCGCCAGGAGCAUCAGGAUCGGGUUCGGGAGCGGGAUCAGCAGUAGCUGGCGCUGGUGGCGCUGGUCUGCUAAAUCCGGGCGCCACAGUUGUGUCGAGCGCGGGAGGCAACGGCCUGGGGCCACUGAUGCUCAAGAAGCGACGCUCGAAGAGCAGGAAAGCACCGGCGCCUCCUAAGCAGACACUCGCCUCGACGGCCGGCACCGCGACCGCAGCUCCAGCGGGCGUUGCCGGGUCUGGUAUGACGACAUCGGCGCCAGCGUCAGCAGAUCAGCAGCAGCAACAUCAAUCGGCGGCGGAUCAAUCGCCCACAACGCCUGGGGCAGAACUGCUGCAUCUUCGCCUGCUCGAGGAGGACUUUACGGCGGCCCAACUACCAUCGACAUCGUCUGGCGGCGCCGUAGGUGGUGGAGGAUCCGGGUCUGGUGCCACGCCCACAACACCGCCACCCACCACAGCGGGGGGCAGUGGAAGCGGCACGCCCACCAGCACCACAGCCACGACCACGCCCACAGGCAGCGGUACAGCAACGCGCGGCAAGCUGGACUUCCUGUAGCCCACGACGAUCGGGAAGGAGCGAAGAGGAGAGGGAGAGGCCUCCAGCCAGGAGCAAUAAUACAAAUAUGGGGGAAGUAGGGGCCCAGCCACGCCCACUCGCAAGCCUACGCCUACGCUUAGUUAGUCUAUAUACUUAAGAUACAGCUGUAACCUCAACUCAACACUGAAACUAGCUCAUCUAUCUCAAACACUUUGAAAGUCCACUGCAACGUAUUUAUCCGAAGAUUACGAAAGGCUUUUCGCAAAAAAUAGUUUAAAAGAGGUUUUGAAAAUCCGAUUUUUAAAAGUUCAAAUAGCGUGUACAAGAGAAACGUUUAAAUACUCAUCAUAUGAAACACAAGCGAUUUAGGAUUGCAAAUUUUUGAAUAUAUUGAAUUGAUAUUUAAUUUGAAGGUUGGAUAAGAUAACCUGAAAACAACUCCUACCAUGAAUAUCAUUUACUUACAUUUGAGUAGUAUUCAAAUACUUUUUUCGUAGUACCUAUAAGCUCUCUGGUGAUACUCCCAAUACCUGUUUGAUAUAUCAUUACCAACAAUUAAUUUAUGAUAUUUUUUAAAGGCAAACGAUUGUUACUAAGUUUUGUUUCGUUGAACAUUUAUUAAAAUUAGAUAGGAAAAACAUGCUGUAGUGGAGUUUUGGAUGAAAAUCUUGUAUUUUUUGUUGCAUAGAUCUCGGCCUAGUGCUAUCCCUCUCUCUCUCACAAACACAUACACAAACACACACACUCUGAAUGGACGUGCUCGAUAUUCAAAACUCUAUAACCGUUACAUGAUUAUGAUUAUGAUUACGGUAGCGUUAGCGUUAGCCAUAAUGAUAACGAUUACGAUUAAGGCAAGCAUAUUGCUUACGAAUUUGCUACAUUUACUGCAAUUAUUUACCUUUUUAUGUAUACACAUAUAUACAAACGUUGUAAAGGACACACAGACAGAAACACACUCACAUUUAUAUAUAUGUAUAUAUAUAAAUAUACAUAGCUGUAUGUAUAUAUGGAUAAUUUUGUGAUAACUGCUGAAGGAGGCAAAGAACCAGAAGAAAAAGCUUACAGACCGAAACAAUGCCCGUGAAUUGUACAUAGCAUGAAACUAAAACCAAACUAGAAGAGGCUCCAACAGGAUCCAACCCCAAACACACACACACCCUCACUCACAGAUAACAAGCUAACGAACAAAGUGUAAAUAGGUAUAUAUAUAUGGAUAUAACCCGUCCUAACUAACUAAACUAACUAACUUAACGAAACUCGGCUUGAGCACUCCGGCACUCGCACUCGCUUGGCUCCCUAUAUAGUAGGCUUAUAGACUCGAAAACGAUAACGAAAACUCAACUCAACCAAAUAGUUAACUCAGCAACAGUAAAGCUUAAGUAAAACCAAAAGGAUAUAGACAGCAGACAUGUGGCCGCUAAACGAAACGACAAUCGACAGACCUAAGAAAAGAAAAACGAAAAAAAUACUAAGAUCCAAAAAAAAAAAAAAAAGACGGAAAUAGCAUUAUCUGUAGUUACAAGCAAGGAUCAAAUAUUAUUUCUUCGGGCAUUGUAAUUACUUGGAUUUAAACUUAGCAAAAUAUGUUACUACACGCCACUCACCAACACUAACAAACAAAACCUACACACAUAUUUUGUGAUAAAAACAUUAGAUAAAGCAAAAGUUUAGACAAAAAGAAUUAACCUAGAUAUUUGUUUAUGCUGGCAUUUGAUAGGCUUGCACUUGGCAUAUAGUUUAUACCGGAAUAAUACGAAAAAACACUCUUCGGGUGACGAUAGUAUAGUACGGUUAAGUAUGAGAUUGAGGAGAAUAAGGAGUACGAUUAUCCUGGGCAGUUUAUAGGCAAGGUUUCAUUACGUUUAAGUCGCCAGAGACAUAGCAUCCAUCAGUUGGAGUCCACUUGAAUCUCGUUCGGUUACCGUUUUGAUUACCUAGUUGGUAUUUAACAAUUGCUAUUCGACAUUUGAUACUUAUGAUACCUAGCGUAGAGAGAGGGCAGAGCCGGAAUACCCGAUUACUUACAUACAUACGAACUGUCUUCCCUGUAUAGUUGGGGGAGUUAGGAGGGGUGGGAGGCUGCAGAAGCGGAGUUCUGGGUUCUGUCCGCGAAAGUUACUUAGUUCUAGUUGUAGAUUUUUUUCAAUUCCCAUUCCCAAAAGGGCGACAGCCCCUCCCCGUUUAACCAAAUCAAACCAAAAAGCAAUUCAAGUGGUAUUAAAUCUGAGUAACCAACACUCACUCACUUACUCACCCAGUCAGACAGUCAGGUCAGUCAGUAACUCACACCCACUCCUUUUGCAUAUACGUAUUUCCAAUACUCAACAAUGAAUCAAAAGUUAAUGGAUAGCGAAGAAUAAACAUUUGUUGCAUAUGUUUAGGCCUUAAGUUCUAGUUGAAAGUUUAAAUGAUGUAGCGGGCUCACUGUAAAUAGGUUUUUUUAAUAACUAUAAAUCAAAUAUACCUAAACAUAAAUACAUAUAUAAAAAAAACUAAUUAGUUACGAAAAAUUAGGCAGCAAACCAACUGAAUAAGGAAAGCUAAGACGCACUAGGCAGGAAAUGGGAAAUGAUAAGACGCAGGUUUACCGAUAGUCCUCAUAUGAUGAUACGAUAGCACUGAUACGAUAGCAGCGUAGUACUCGUUCUGGUUCUCGACUCGUAUUGUUUGACCCUUCCUCUCGCCAAUCUCUCUCUCUCUCUCUCACUCUCCUAUGUCUGUCUCUCGCUUUCGCCCCAUCCUUUGCAUACUUUUCGGGUGUUUUAGACCCUACUACACAGAGCCUUAUAAAUAUAACCUAAAGUAACUAAACCAACUCAAGCAGCAUUCAGCAAACUAGCAACUCAGACCUAAUACUGAACCUAGCAUUAGCAUUAAAAGUGAACGAAAACGUGAAACUAAAAAUGGUGCAAUUACAAUUUUUAGAUCAAGCUGAGCAAGCAAUUUAGUCGAAAUUUAUAUUGAACAAUUUAUGGGAGAAGAAAGCUUGUGGAUUUAUAUAUGCGAAUCUCAUGUAUAUACACCCAGACAGUAUAAAUGUUAGGUAGCUGAAGAAUAAGAACCCCCACUCCUAAUCCCAGUUUAAAAUGAUCCCAUGAUGAUCUGUCCCUCAAUUUGGCCAAUAAAACGCCUGAUUCAGUCUGAUAUCUAUACAGAUCGCCAGAGGAUAGGCUACUGAAGGUCGGUUCAGAAUGGGGUUUGGGUUCGGGACCGGGUUCGGGUUCGUCUGCUGGGAUAUUUUCUGAGCAGCGCCAAAGAAACUGAUUAACCAUAUUAUUAUUAUUAUUAUAGACAUGUACAUGUAUAUAUGUGUACCUCUAGAUACACCUAGAAAGAUAACGACGACAACCUAUCAAAAUUAAGCUUUUAUACGCCAGAAUUUUUUUCUAAACAACUAAAAAACAAAACGGAAGUAAACUAAACAAACUUAAAGAAACACUCAAGAAUAUACACAAUUAUUGCAAGCCAGAGAAGAGAGCAUAACUAACACACAACACUCAAUUAACGAAUACCGUAUACAAAAUGCCCCAAGUGAAAACUAAAUUAAUUUAAAUAUACAUUAUACAAAGAUAGAAAAAGCCUUAACCAAGUAAACACGCGCCUCAUUUUCGUUUUUCCAUUUAUUACGUAAGUCCCACAGCAAUGCUAAAAAGCAAAGUUAAGAAAUACAAGUACUACGGCUAAAAGAAACAUCCUAAAUAUACCGAAAAUACCAAACAAAAAUAUUUAGCAUUAUGCUCUAGACUCUAGACGAAAAGAACCAAAAUUUUACAACAACAAAACGAAAGAAGAACAAACGCGAUCAAGCAAUGUUAAACAUUUUCCACCAAUUUGAGAAGCAUAGUUGCUAAAAUACAAAAAAAAAUAAAUACCCAAAAAGAGAAACCGAAACUUGUUUCGUACACGCGCCCUUUGUUUUUAAAAUCGAAAAGCUGCCUAUUUAUAUAUUUACAAACAAACAAACGAAACUAAUUGAAAUGAAAUAAACAUGUAAGAGAAUUACCAUUUAACUACAAAUUAAACAAGCCACUAAAAUACUACAUAAUUCAAUUGCAACAUUCCAUGUAAUGAGAAAAUACCAAAAAUAAUACAAGCAUGUAAAAAUAGUUUGAAAUCAAUUGAGUUUUGGUUCAACGCGCCGAAAACUUAGAUACAUCGAGCUACGGCUUGGCUGAGCAGAUUUACAGUUAUAUACAUACAUACACCCACAUAAGUAUAUAUAUAUACACGUGCAUAUACUCCGAUAUAUGUACAUAUAGGUAGUUUAUACCAUUUAAAGCUUGCUAAGACUCGUCCUUGGGCCACUGUUUAAACGCCAGGAGACAAGCCGCGAAAUCGAUAAAAGAAACAGAAACAGAAACCGAAAAAGUUGUAACAUUUAUUUGAGAAUCGCUGGAUUAAAGCCUAAAGUUAAUGUGUAUAGUUACUUGAUUAUUGCCGCAUUCGAACCACACUGACACAGACACACACACCCCAACACCAGAAUCAGAAUCAGACAGGCUUUAAGCCCAUAUUUCUGGGUCUAAACCGGAUCGAUCGAAAAUAAGGGAACUCAAUACUAAGAACGCGGCGAAGCAAAGAAUGAUGUUUCAGAACCGCAAAAGGGGCAGAACAGAAGCUAUGACACAAUAAAUGAAAAGAAACAAAGAAAAGAGAAAUACAUACAUAAAUGUUUUUAAAAAAUA